AUCUUCAGGACUACCAGAUUGCGAUUUUUAUGCGAGUUAAAUGUACCAUAUACAGUGCACAGCAUAAAUAAGUACACCCCUUCUGAAUAAAUAUAAAGAUGUAUUUUCUUAAUGAUCACUAAUAUAAUUAAUGGAAAGAUGGCAAAAUUGAAAUGUAUUAAAUGUAUACUUAAUAAAAACAACAAAACAUAUUCCAAUAUUUUCUGUAAGAUAAGUAAAUUAGCCAAUUUUGUUGCCAAUUUAAUUCAGCAAAUGUAUAAUAUUCUAGGACUUAGUAUGUCCUCCAGAACUUUAAGUAUACUGCUCUGACCCUCUUAGCACUGAGUGUACAAGUUCAUGACAAGUUUUCACAUCUGUCCUGUUUAACUCCUGGAGGACGACCUCCUUAAUUGCUCUGGUCUUUAAUGGGAAGUUUUGCUCAGCUCGUCUCUACAGAAUCCCUCACAGCUGCUCAAGAGCGUUAAGACUGAGUGAAAUACAUGUCCACUGAAGCAUUUUUACCUUGGGAGAAUGAAUAUCUUCAUUGUCAUGCUGAAAAAAUGCCCAAUAAUGCAGGGAAUGAGGGGAGGGUAGCAUCUUCUGUUUCAAGUUUUUGUAUUCCAUCACACAGUAGUGUGUGAAUUCAUGACAGCGUUGAUAAAGCACAACUCCCUCACACCUUCAGCACUCACUCAUCCCCAUAUAAGAGCUUUACUACCACUGAACGUCACUGAGCACUUCUCACUGUACUCCUCCUCUAGCAACACCAGAACACUUUGGAUCCGAAAUGAUUGACUUGGUCUCUUGAGACCAGAGUAUGGAUUCCCAGAAGUCUCUAUUUUGUAAAUAUGGGCCUUGGAAGAGGUUAAAUGAGUUUAUUUUGCUUUGGCUACAGUAGGUAAUUCUAGCGAUGACAACAAGCAUGCAUGUCACUUCUGCAGGCUGCAUCAUACUCUGUCAGAUAAAGUGUCACUCUUUUCAUAGCUUUUGCCGGCUCUGAGACACCUGCGUAAUCAAAUGUAUUUUUGUGUUCUCAAUUGCCGUAAUAGCAAAAGAAAAGAAAAUAUCCAUGAUAGCAUUUCAAUGAAUUUCCAAAAGAGGACGGAAAUAAUAAAUAAAUACAUGCAUACAUACAUAAAAUAACAAGAGAUUGAUUAUGAUAGUCAAAAGAGUGAAAGAUGUCAAAUUUGCCAUCACUCCCCCUUUAUAAUAGAAACAGUUAUGCAGCAGCUAGUUAUGUAAUUUAAUGGCAAGGUAAGAAAACAUAAAGUAUAGUGUUAUAAAUGUACAUUAAUUUAAAUAAAUAAAUAAAAUGUUUCUAAAUUUAUGAUGCUUCUGUGGAAAUGCAGACCUUAGUUUGUAAACGGGACUUUUAUUUUGCUCUGGUGGUGUGAGGUCAUAAAGCAGCGCCGCGCUCCUGCAUCUGUUGUGAUUCAUCCACAGGUUUGUGGUUUUAAGUGUUUAAAUCAAUGUAAACUCUUCUGUCAAUUUAAACGUUUUCACAAGCCAAGUACAACAAAGUAAUCCUGCUUAAAUAUAACGUUGUAAUGCUUUAUUUAACGCUAUUUUGCGAGUAAUGUGCAUCCACACAUUAGAAACGGAAAAGCUGCGUCUCAUUUCGCUCCCUAUGUAGGGAAUAGUUUCAAAACUGGAAAAAAAAAAACUCCUGAAGAAGCAGCUGAGAUCCAUGUGAUAAACUGGUAUAAAGAUGGAGUUUAUUAAAGAGGAGAGUGAAGACAUGAAGAUUGAAGAAACAUUCAGAGUCAAACAAGAAGAUACUGAGAAACAAAUAAAGAUGGUGUUCACUAAAGAGGAGAGUGAAGAAACAUUCAGAGUCAAACAUGAAGAUACUGAAGAACAAACAGGCCUGAUGGUGCUGAAAGAGGAGAGUCAAGAACUCAAUGAAAUGGAAGAGGAAGAUCAAUAUAAGAAUCAACGUGAUUUUAUAACUGAAGAAAAAUCUUUUAGUUGUUCACAGACUGAAAAUACUUCAAGUAUAACGGCUCAAAAGACAGAAAGUGGUAGUUAUUUCACCUGCCAACAGUGUGGAAAGUGUUUUAGACAAAAACAAGGUAUGAAAAGACACAUGAGAAUUCACACAGGAGAAAAGCCUUAUGUCUGCCAACAGUGUGGAAAGCAUUUCAAUCGAGAAAUAACUCUUAAAAGGCAUGUUAGAAUUCACAAUGGAGAGAAGCCAUACACGUGCCAACAGUGUGGAAGGAGUUUCACUCAACUUGGAAACCUUGGAGUCCACAUGAGUGUUCACACUGGAGAAAAGCCUUACAAAUGCCAACAGUGUGGAAAAAGUUUCAACCGGAAAGGAAAUCUUAACUCCCACAUGACAGUUCACACUGGAGAGAGCCUUUUCACCUGCCAACAGUGUGGAACAAGUUUCACUCAAAAAGAAAGCUUUAACAGACACAUGAGAAUUCACACUGGAGAGCAGCUUUACACAUGUGAUCAGUGUGGAAAGAGUUUUGGUCAACAUGAAAACCUUAAAGUCCACUUGAGAAUUCAUGGAGGAAAACCCUACACAUGCUCUCAGUGUGGAAAGAGUUUCCGUCAAAAACGACACUUUGAAGGCCACAUGAGAAUUCACUCUGGAGAGCAACCGUACACAUGCCCUCAGUGUGGAAAGAGUUUCAAUUAUAAACAACACUUGGAGGACCACAUUAGAACUCACACUGGAGAGAAGCCUUUCACCUGCCAACAAUGUGGAAAGUGUUUCAACCGAAAAGAUACCCUUAACAGGCACAUGAGAGUUCACACUGGAGAGAGGCCAUUUAUAUGUGGUCACUGUGGAAAGAGUUUCAGACAUAAAGCAGGCCUUAAGUCCCACAUGAGUUUUCACAUUUGAGAGAGCUUUAUGUCAUCAGUGUGGAAUUGUGGAAAGUUUCACAGACAGGAAAUGUCUUGGGAAUCAUGUAAUAAAACCAGACAGAAGCCUUUCGUGUGCUAUCACUGUGGAAAGACUUGCAGAAAUAAGGCAAUCUUGAGGUUCACAGAAGCACCCACGAUAUAGCGGCAGAUUUGGGUCUUGUUUACACCUGGGUUUAAAAUGUGUUUUGGUUGAUUGGAUCUCAAAUAGACUGUCUAGUUUUUUUCAAGUGUGGGGAGUCGAUGGGUGGGUAAAUGCAUGGGUUUUUCAGAUAUUUUGAUCAAAUGGAUGAACAAACAUCCAUUUUCACACAAUUUACAUAAAACGUGAAAUGAGACAAUAGAAAAAGAUAAGGAGAUCAGUAGCUUUCGUUUCUGUUCUGAUAGCUGCAAAACCACACCGAAUGCUGUGGAUGCAUGUUAGAAGUGAGGAUUGGCAGAGAACAUUGUGCUUGUACCAAAUUUACAACAUAAGCUGCCAGAGUUUAUAUCCUAUCUGGUAAGAUGCUUUAGAUCAGUGGUUUUCAAACUUUUUUCAGAUAUAUUGAUCCUCUUAGCAGCAUGAAAAAUUACACUUUUAUUCAAAUUCUGAAAAGGGUGCAAAGUGCACUUCCUUAAAAAGCGGUCACUCAAGUUUAUCGUGAUCUCUAAUUCCGCUAUAAUCAAUCUGUCAACAAGGCACAAUAAAUUUCUUAUUUACAUCACCUAUACUUUGUUCAUUAUAAUCUGAGGAUUUGCGUCGCGAGCUUCAGAACUCUGGACUGAACAAGAACCCUUGCACGCUGAGCGGUGAGUUGAUUCUGACUCACUAAAGCUCCUCUGAUUGGCCAUUGCGUUAUAGAAAUCAACAGAUAUGACCCUGAUUUGCUACAAUGUACAACGCUGCAAAAACAGAGCGCAAACACAAAUACACAUUUGUUGUUUGUGUUAUUUAGUUGCUUCUUUCCUGAAUCUUUAACUUGGUUACAUAAUUUUUCCUUAAAUCAUUCUGGCGACCCAUUUUUUAGGUCUCGCGACCCAGGGUUUGAAAGCCACUGCUUUAGAUCAGUAGGUGGAGAGAAGGCGGUCUUUUGUGGCUAUUUAAAUCAAUUUUACAACAUGCAUGUUUACACUACCAAAGAAAUCCAGUCAAAUUAGUUUUUGACUACCUCUAGAAGUGGUUGAAUUUAGAGGGGUACUUACGAUUGGAACAACGAAAACAUCAUGUAAACGUGAUUAAUAUGUAAAUAUGUGUUGCACAUAUUCCUUUCAUUAACAAAAUAAAUGUGGUGACAAAACAGCAUUUAUGAAAGCAUCAUAGCGAUGUGGAUAUUGUUACUGUUAACUGUGUUUCCUUGAUUUUUACUAGUCACCUCUAGGGGCCGAUUGUGUGUCUUAUUCCCAGGUAUGUCAACUAGAUUCAUACAAGAAAUGAGUCAAUAAUGUAAAUUUAUUAAGAAAAACAUCAUAUGGUAUGGCAUGGAGAGAAAGAUUUUUUUUUAAAAGCUGCUAGAAUGAAAGAAACAGGUCAAAUGUAUAAUUGGUUGUUACAAUUUUUAUUUCAAAGCACAUUUAUAGUGCAGGUAGGAUCAAGUCAGUCGUCUGAAUUUAACGCAGAAAACGGUAUACCACAGGGAGGUGUAAUUAGUCCUUUAAUUUUAUGAUUGAUUAUAUACUUGACAAUGUAGUCCCUGGUAUAGGAUGUGCAUUAUAUGUAGAUGAUGGCGCCAUAUUGAAG